AUGCACUCCUCCACUGUUAUCAAGUGCUUAGAACAGAUAGUUACUCUUUGCGGCACACCAAGCUAUAUCCACUCGGGCUGGGGUGCCUCACUCAUCUCACAAGAGUUAAAAGAGUAUCUAUCAGCACGAGGGAUUGUAUCGAACAGAACCACGCCCUACCACCCCAUCGGAAAUGGUCAAGUCGAGCGGUACAAUGGUAUUAUCUGCAAGGCAGUACAGCUUGCUCUCAAAUCGUCGAAUCUACCAGUUACUAAAUGGGAACAAAUGCUUCCAGAUGCUCUCCACUCCAUCCGUUCUCUUCUUUGCACUUCAACCAACACAACACCACAGGAGAGGUUCUUCAACUUCCAACGCCGCUCCACGCACGGCACAUACCUGGCUGCCAUAACCUGGUCCAGUACUGCUUCGCCGAUUUGUGCGUGCUAA